UCGCCCCCACUCAUGGACACCCGUAAUACCAAAGACCUUUCUGAAUCUUUCCAAUCCCCAAUGCCAAAAUAACCUUUAAAUUCUUAACCUCAAAAAGGCCGGCAACGUACUUGUGACGCCUCUGGUGAUACGGGUGUCCAUAGUCGAAGUCGAUUGCUUAUCAUCAGGUAAUUGGCUCGUUUGUCGGCUUACACCAUAAAAUAAAGUCAUCACUUAUUAUUUUCUCGUAUCGGAUAGUCCUUGGGGAAAUGCACAGGAGUGAAACCAAAAGGAAACACUAGUUCUCCAACUUAAUCAAAACGUAAAUCAGCCAUUAAUAAUUAAAUCAAUAUUUUUCACGGAAAGAAUUCUUUAUCCAUUGUCAAUUUAAAACAAGAUGGCUACUCUAUUUAAACACAAAUUAGACGCCAAUUCCCCGCGUAAACUCGCCUCACGCAGUCACAAAAACGGUCUUAAAGUUAAUAAAAAUGUUAUAUUAUUACCAGAUAUUUCUAUUAACUGUUUUAAAACUAACUUGUGGCGAAGAAACCCCUUAUACUCUUGUGUCGAGGAUCGGUUGGCGAGCAAGAGAAGCAAUACAAACUCAACCAUUGAAGCUUCCAGUUCAAAUAGUUGUUGUACAUAACACUGCUACCAGUCCGUGUUUGGAUCAGGAAUCAUGUUCUUCCAUGAUGCGCAGGAUACAAAGGCACCACAUGGACGUUAAAGGGUGGUGGGAUAUUGGAUACAGUUUUUGUAUCGGAGGCCAGGGGACAGUGUAUGAGGGUCGUGGCUGGCAGUAUAUGGGAGCCCAUGCCCUGCGGUUCAACGAAUACAGCGUAGGAAUUGCUUUGAUUGGCAGUUGGACUGUCGAGCUACCUACUAAAGAGCAACUGGAGACCUUGAAGAUUAUAAUCGAACAUGGCGUGCAGCAGGGUCAUAUACACCCAGAUUACUUGCUCGUUGGACAUCGGGAUAUUAGAGACACCCACUGUCCGGGCGAUACGCUCCAAGCCGAGAUAUCACAAUGGCCACACUACUACCUAAACUAUAAUGGAACGAUUCAAUUGUAAGGUUUUUAUGUGCGCACUUAAAUUAAUGUGUAAUUGCAAUUGAGAUUUAUCAAAAUACAUAUAGUUGAAAUAUU